GUGGCUGCCGCGGUCCCCGCCUUCCCCUCAGCUUCCCGCCCUCGCCGUUAUGGCGGUGGCCGAGGCCGGGCCGGCGCGGGUGGUGCGCAGCGGGCAGAAGGACGAGCUGUACCGCAGCGGGCUGCGGAGCGCGGCCGGCUCUGCCCUGCACAGCCUCGCGGGUGCUAAGAAGUGGCUGGAGUGGAGGAGAGAGAUCGAGCUGCUUUCCGAUGUGGCCUACUUCGUCCUCACCACUUUGUCAGGUUACCAAACUCUGGGUGAAGAAUAUGUUAACAUCGUCCAAGUUGACUCAACCAAGAAAAGGGUUCCUUCUUUUCUUCGACGAGCCGCCUUCAUUUCUCUUCAUACUGUAGUACCCUAUUAUUUAGAAAAGGGAUUGCUGCAUCUGGAACACGAGCUGCAGCUUGAAGCUGAUGGGGCAAGAACCCUGCAGAGCAACCCAGCGCUUGGCUUCUCCAGCAGGACCUUAAUACGAAACUGGAUACAGAGACAAGUCAGGGAGCUUACAGAACAGCAGAAGAAAACAGCCUUACAAAUUGUGUAUGUUCUUAAGCAAUUCAUUCCUUUGCUUCAUCGACUACAUCUGGCAGUAUUCUACAUCCAUGGCACUUUUUAUCACCUAUCUAAAAGAAUUGCAGGAAUCAGAUACCUGCGUUUUGGAGGAGUGCAAGCAGAAGAUCAGAGUAUUCGAUCAAGUUACAAGUUUCUUGGAAUAAUUUCACUCUUUCAUCUUCUUCUGACAAUCAGUGUUCAGAUGUACAGCUUCAAACAAAAGCAGAGAGCGAGGCAGGAAUGGAAACUACACCGCAGCCUGGCCCUUCAGAAAAAUAUGACCAAGGAAAAAGCUACUGGGCGCCACUCCCGCUGCACUUUGUGUUUGGAAGAACGGAGACACACGACAGCCACACCUUGCGGCCACCUGUUCUGCUGGGAAUGCAUCACAGAAUGGUGUAACACCAGAACAGAAUGUCCACUAUGCAGAGAUAAGUUUCAUCCUCAGAAACUGAUCUACCUACGUCACUACCAAAUGUAAAGAAAAAAUUUGUUUCAUGACAAGCGUCUUCACUCUCAUACCCUUUAUAAAGCGGUCAUACGGCUUGAAUUAGUCCAAGAACAAGGCUUUAUUGUAAAACCGGUAACUGCCUGUACAAGGUAGCACUUCAUUCCUGUUUUACAAAAUAAAUCUAUUUCUGCCUCUACUCCUGUUUCUUGCAACAUGGUUCUGACCAUAUUAAAAAUAUGUCUAAAAAGUGCCUACCACAAAUGUAAUACCAUUCUUCACUUUGGAUAAUGAAAACUUUCAGUCAUCUCAAUCUCUAAAUGUAAGUCUGAAUAACAAGUUUUCUAACUUUUUAUAACAUGCUUAAGGCAUCAGUAAAAUUCUAGUGUAUCUAAGACUCCCUUUCUCUUGUUGCAUUACAAUAGCCUUGCUCUUUGCUGUAGACUUCAGAGGAAAAACAAGCUGUACACAGAUCCUUAGUUUAACUGCAGAUCAACACAAGCAACAGAUGCAAGGCCAAAGUAAUGCAGAGGACAGAUAAUUCUGCACACUGUUGAAUUAACGUGGAGCAUCCAAACUCAACACUCUCCUACCACUAUUGAUAUCAAGGCUUUUCAUCAAGUAUUCCAUUUAGUCUAUAGCAAGGUAAGAAGUGUUGUUCCAAAAAGCCCUAGUAUGCAUACUAAUAGCAAACUGCUCAACUAUAACACAUUAAUUUUAUAACACAGCUUAAGUUUUGUCUGUGUGGCAUUUUCUACAGCCUAACACAGGAAAGAAGCUGACGUCAGCCAAAAGCCCCCCUACCCCUCUGUAUGGGAAGAGGGGGUUAAUUAGGCCAAGCCAGUAUGUUGCAGUAUAAACGAGGAGGGUUUCAGCAGCAUCACUUCAUCAAUGUUCAUUCCCUUAAGUUAUUACUAGUUCAGUUAUACAGGUAGAGCAGCAGAGAAAAAAAAAUAGAUAAUUGUUAAUGCACCUUCUCAUUUUAUGAUUGAAAAUAUGCAAGGUUAAGUUAUUUGUAUUUCUUAAAUACAAAUGGAGAGGGAAAUCCAAACAAUCCCCUCUGUGGAUCAUGAGUUUGUUUCAGCAAGUCUUUCACAAACAGUACUAUAUAUGGACUUGGGGUGGGGAGGAGGCAUGCUACAGUAAGCACUUUUAAGAUAGUUAUUCAUACCAUAGCAAUCCUGGUUAGCUAGUUAAUAAUUAAUCUUCAAGUGUUAUAAAUCCUCCAAUAAAGUUAGUUGAACGUUUCAUUGUAUCUGUAUGUGGAAUGAAAAGAGUUGCCAGUAAAAAAUAAUGCCAACAUUUCAGCAUUACUUCACAAAAGCUGGUUUUCAGAGUCUCAAUACCAUCCCUUUCUUACACCAAAAAACUGCCAAGCAUGCCCCACCUGCUCAAAACUGUAAAGACAAGAGUAGAAGAAAAAUGGUCCAUGUGACUCAAAACGUGACCAGCUAAGGAAAUGACUACUUUACAGUCAUCUCCUUACAAAGGGAAACAGCGAAGAAAGAUAAUUAAUUGCACAUAGAAACAAGUAGGAAGCAAUUGAUGACUGAGAAGGAGCUGGGAAGUUGUCAAGUUUUUCAUGUGUUCUAUAAGGGUAACUUAUUUUUAUCACUUAUAAGUGGUAAAAAUAGAGCAGUUUAACAAAAUGCCAUCAAACUUGUCUGACCUUUGCAAGCUGAGAUUCAGCUAGGGAACUAUACAGUUGUCUCAGUGUCAUCUACAAUACAUGUUUGAAAAGUGCUAAUCCCACAAAGGAAGAACAGCUGUUACCUAAGAGUGAGAAGGCAUUCGUUCUUUAUGCUGUCACUUAAGUUAGAAAUUAAGUGGAGGUAGAAAUUUCUAAUUUGCAAUGACUGUCUUUAGUACCCCACUGUUUAACAGGAAUCCUCCCAGUUACUAAUUUUAACAUUAAUAAAUUAAAA